ACAGCUUAACUUAACAGUGUUGAGUAACCUCUCUUCAUCUCUAAAUGGCUAAUGUUAAUGCUUCCAUAGUGCCUCUGAUUGCUUUAAUUGUCAGUUCUAUAUUGAUGGCAGCCACAGCAAGUGAUUUCUACCAAGAUUUUGACUUAACAUGGGGAGAUAGCCGUGCAAAGAUACUAAACAAUGGCCAGUUGCUGACUCUCUCCCUGGACAAGGCCUCUGGCUCUGGAUUUCAAUCCAAGAAUGAGUAUCUCUUUUGCCAGAUCGAUAUGCAGCUCAUGCUUGUCCGUGGAAACUCCGCCGGAACAGUCACCGCCUACUAUUUAUCCUCAAAAGGGUCGACGUGGGAUGAGAUUGAUUUCGAGUUCUUGGGGAAUCUGAGUGGCGAUCCCUACAUUCUUCAUACUAAUGUGUUCAGCCAAGGAAAGGGUAAUAGAGAGCAGCAGUUCUAUCUCUGGUUUGACCCAACUGCUGAUUUUCACACCUAUUCCAUCCUCUGGAAUCCCCAACGGAUUAUCUUCUCAGUGGACAGUACACCCAUCAGGGAGUUCAAGAACAUGGAAUCCAGAGGUGUUCCUUUUCCCAAAAGCCAGCCCAUGAGGAUCUACUCCAGCUUGUGGAAUGCCGAUGACUGGGCUACAAGGGGUGGUCUGGUGAAGAUAGACUGGACUCAAGCUCCUUUCACAGCUUCUUACAGGAACUUCAAUGCCAAUGCUUGCGUUUGGUCCAAUGGAGCAUCUUCUUGUAAUUCCAAUUCUCAAUCUUCUGCCUCAGGUAACAAUGCAUGGCUCUUUCAAGAGCUUGAUUCUACCAGCCGAAAAAGGUUGAAAUUGGUGCAGAAGAACUACAUGAUCUACAAUUACUGUAUCGAUUCUGAGAGAUUUCCCCAGGAUCGGCCUCUAGAAUGCAACCUUUCCUAGAACAAACACAGCUUAUUUACUAGUAUGUAAAUGUUUGAUAUGUAAAUGUUUGAUAUAUGGGUUAAGGAAUUGACACCCCAACAAUGUUUUUCCUCUUUUUUCAUUUUUCUUUUAUCUUCUCUUUGAUGUGAUGGUGAUAUUCAUAUUUGUUUUUUAUAUUAACCUUAAUAUCCAAAAAUCGCGUUGCAAUAUGAAUAAUUAGGAGUCAAGUU